AUGAAAUUAAUUAAAGCAUACUUUAAUUUAUAUAAUUUACAACUAGAAUCUUUAUUAAGAAAAAAUAGAUUACGUCGUAGAUUUAGAAAAAUAUCUACAAAUAGGAUAUUUAUUAGUGAUGGUGAAUUUAAACAUACUAAUGAUAAAGUAAAUAUAACAUUAUAUGUUUAUAAUAAACAAAAACUUAAUUACUUAUUAAAACUUAAAAAAAGAUAUUUAACAUUAUUUAAAAAAGCUAAAUUUGCUAGAAAAUUAAAAUUAAUAAAAAAUGUAGGAUUAAAUAUUUUAGGUAAACAUAAACAAAAAAGUAUAUUAUUAAGUAAUCUUUUACCUAAAUAUAAUACUCAAGUAAAUACAGCACAAAAUAUUUACUAUUUAAGAUUUAUAAAAAAAAGUUUUAAAAGAUUAAAAUUCUAUAUGUAUUAUAAACAAAUGCUUUAUAUUAAUAAAGCUAAAUUUGAAAAUACUUAUUUACAAGGUUUAAUAAGUUUAGUAAGAAAUAUUUUUAAUAAAAAUGUUGAAUUUAAUAUAAUUAAUUUAAAAUAUUUUUAUUUUAAUAGUAAAAUAUUUACUCAACCUUUAGAAUUAAAAUUAAAAAAAAAAAGAAAUGUUUUAAGAUAUCUUAAAGUUUUAAUAAGAAAAGCAAAAAUUAAAAAUGUUAAAUUAGCAGAAAAAUCUAAAAAAUUUUUUAAUUUUAAUAUUUUUAAUAGUGAUAAUUUUUUACAACAAGAUAAUACUAAAUCUAAAUAUCUUAAAAAAAUUAUUUUAAGUAAUUUAAAAUAUAAAAGAGUAUCAGGUGUUAGAUUAGAAGCUGCUGGUAGAUUAACUAGACGUUUUUCAGCUUCUAGAUCUCAACGUAGAACUAAAUAUAAAGGAAAUUUAGAAAAUGUUUAUUCUUCAUUUAAAGGUUAUCCUACACCAAUGUUAAGAGGAAAUGAUAAAGCUAAUUUACAAUAUACUGUAAUUAACUCAACUUCACGUGUUGGAGCUUUUGGUGUUAAAGGUUGA